CCAACCUGAUAGGUGGUAGGGAACAUAAAGGCCCCCUCGCCCAGAGCCUGCCGCAGUGGACAGCCCCCACAGCCCCGCCGAUCUGAAGCACCUACCUGCCUCUACAGAUGGCGAUGUCCCCAGCGGCUCCCCUCUCGGUCACCGAGCUGCUCCUGGCCUCUGUCGUCUUCUGCCUGGUGUUCUGGGCAGUCAGGGCCUCGAGGCCUCGGGUCCCCAAAGGCCUGAAGAGUCUGCCGGGGCCCUGGGGCUGGCCCCUGCUCGGGCACGUGCUGACGCUGGGCAAGAACCCACACGUGGCGCUGGCGCGGCUGAGCCGGCGCUACGGGGACGUGUUCCAGAUCCGCCUGGGCUCCACGCCCGUGGUGGUGCUCAGCGGCCUGGACACCAUCAAGCAGGCCUUGGUGCGGCAGGGCGACGACUUCAAGGGCCGGCCUGACCUCUACAGCUCCACCUUCAUCACCGAGGGCCAGAGCAUGACCUUCAGCCCAGACUCAGGGCCCGUGUGGGCCGCCCGCCGGCGCCUGGCCCAGGACUCCCUGAAGAGCUUCUCCAUCGCCUCCGACCCGGCCUCCUCCAGCUCCUGCUACCUAGAGGAGCACGUGAGCCAGGAGGCCGAGCACCUCAUCGGCAGGUUCCGGGAGCUGAUGGCGGUGGCUGGGCGCUUCGACGCCUACAGCCAGCUGGUGGUGUCCGUGGCCAGGGUCAUCGGGGCCAUGUGCUUUGGGCGGCACUUCCCACAGAGCAGUGAGGAGAUGCUGGACCUCGUGCGGAACAGCAGCGAGUUCGUGGAGACCGCCACCUCCGGCAGCCCCGUGGACUUCUUCCCCAUCCUGCGUUACCUGCCCAACCGCCCCCUGCAGAGGUUCAAGGACUUCAACCGGAGGUUCCUGCGGUUCCUGCAGAAAACGGUCCGGGAGCACUAUGAGGACUUCGACAGGAACAGCGUCCAGGACAUCACGGGUGCCCUCUUCAAGCACAGUGAAAACAACUCCAAGGCCAACGGUGGCCUCAUCCCCCAGGAGAAGAUCGUCAACCUGGUCAACGACAUCUUUGGAGCUGGGUUUGACACCAUCACAACUGCACUCUCGUGGAGCCUCAUGUACCUGGUGACCAACCCCAGGAUACAGAGAAAGAUCCAGGAGGAACUGGAUGCCGUGGUUGGCAGGGCGCGGCGGCCCCGGCUCUCCGACAGACCCCAACUGCCCUACCUGGAGGCCUUCAUCCUGGAGCUCUUCCGACAUGCCUCUUUCGUCCCCUUCACCAUCCCCCACAGCACCACCAGGGACACCACACUGAACGGCUUCCACAUUCCCAAGGAAUGCUGCAUUUUCAUAAACCAGUGGCAAAUCAACCACGACCCGCAGCUGUGGGGGGACCCGGAGGAGUUCCGGCCCGAGCGAUUCCUCACGGCGGACGGCGCGGCCAUCCACAAGCCCCUGAGUGAGAAGGUCAUGCUCUUCGGCCUGGGCAAGCGCAGGUGCAUCGGGGAGACCCUGGCCAGGUGGGAGGUCUUCCUCUUCCUGGCCAUCUUGCUCCAGCGGCUGGAGUUCAGCGUGCCACCCGGCGUGCCCGUGGACCUGACCCCCAUCUACGGGCUCACCAUGAAGCACCCCCGCUGUGAGCACAUCCAGGCUCGCCCGCGCUUCUCUGUCCAGUGAGGGCGGCGCUGCGGCGGGCACUCUGGGGUCUCGGCCACCCUCUCCUCUUCACAAUAACAGCUGUGCUGAGAUCCGACCUGCGCCGUCUGUCACCGGCUUGUAGGACAUCCCUCCGCAAUGCCCCGCCCCGCCCCCAGACCCCCACCCUCCCCUGCCACCCAGCCCUGGGCAGUGGCCGCUCUACUUUCUGUCUGCGGCUUCCUUGUCCCGAUGCCCACCAAUGGUCUUGUGGCUGGCUGCUUGCCCAGAGCGCAACGCUCCCCAGGCCCGGGGCUAUGUCCCAGGCUCAGUGGCCAGCUCCUCUCUGCUCUGGCCCAAGUCUUGAACACGUGAAGCGCCUGGGGAGGAAGGGGCCCAACCCAGAUGAAGCUCCUGGCUCCUGGCUUCUGCCCUGCCCGGCCCUGGCUGUUACGUCCAUUUGGGGGAGUGAACCAGCAGAUGGAAGAUCUCUCUUUCUCUCUCUGCCUCUGCUUCUCUGUAAUUCUGCCUUUCAAAUAAAUAAAUAUUAAAA